UAAAAGGUCUCUGUUUAAAAGUGACUGUUGGGUUAUUAAACAACAGUCUUUUCUCUGGUUAUCUUCCAGGUCCAAGAAGAGAAAAUCUACAGAGGAAUCUCCCAGCAGGAGACACCGUCCCAGCAGGAGACAUCGGCCCAGCAAAGAGAACCAAGAUGACAAAGACUGACCUCAUCAACACUCUGGAUGAUUUGGUAGAUGAUGAAUUCAAGAGCUUCAAGUCGUACCUGAAGGAUGAAAAGGUGGACAACACUGAACCCAUCAAAGUGAACAAGCUGUCGAAGGCAGACAGACAGGAAACUGUGGAUCUGAUGGUGCAGAAAUAUGAAUUUGCUACGGCUGUGAAGGUGAUGAAGAGUGUUUUAAAAAAGAUCAGCAGGAAUGAUCUGGUGAGGAAGUUGUCAAACAUCGGCUCAGGAGCAGAAGUGUUGGAAAGAGUUCCUGUUCCACUCCAGCUGCGGGAUAGACUCCUGAACCUCCUACUAUCAAAGACAUGUAUGUUAGGGUUAAUACUCCUCUUAGUGCUAGUGUGGCACUGUCCUAGUGUUGACCCCACAGAAACAAAGCUAAUGUCUGUUCGGACACAGUUUAUUGCCAGAGUGUCUGAAGCUAAUCUACACAAGCUGCUGGAUAAACUCCUGGAGCGUGAGGUCAUAAAUGAUGGUGAAAUGGAGUUUGCCGGAACAUUGAACAGAGCAGAGAAAGCACGACUGGUGAUCGAUAUGGUGCGAAGAAAAGGAACAGAAGCCAGGUCAGCUCUGAUCGCUGCUCUCUGUGAGGUGGAUCCAUUUCUUUCAAAAGAGCUGAACUUACAGUAGCAGAAAGUCUCCCACCAACAUCUUCAGUUCUCAGGUGUUUCUCUAUUGUUAAACAUUUUGUAAGAAUCUUAAAACUCACAACACUGUGCUGCAGCAGAGUUCAGGCUAAUAAAUAAUAGUAUGAACAACUAAAGUCUGUGUUUUCAUAAUGUUUUAACAAAAGGUUUCAUUUAGAAGUCGACUCUGUGCUCUUUUCUGUAAAUGAAUCAUAUAAGUUGAAGACGUAUCCUGUUUGACUCAUUAAAUACUGGAACAUG